AUGUUGUGCCGGGCGGCGUGCAGCGCGAGCCGGGAGCUGGUGCCCGCCCUGGGCGCCCUGGGCGGCCGCCGGAAGCACACGCUCCCCGACCUGCCGUACGACUACGGCGCGCUGGAGCCGCACGUCAGCGGCCAGAUCAUGCAGCUGCACCACAGCAAGCACCACGCGGCCUACGUCAACAACCUCAACGCCACCGAGGAGAAGUACCAGGAGGCGCUGGCCAAGGGUGACGUCACAGCCCAGGUAGCUCUUCAGCCUGCUCUCAAGUUCAACGGUGGAGGCCACAUCAACCAUACCAUUUUCUGGACAAACCUGAGCCCUAAUGGUGGCGGAGAACCCAAAGGGGAAUUGCUGGAAGCCAUCAAACGUGACUUUGGUUCCUUUGCCGCGUUUAAGGAGAAGUUGACCGCGGUGUCUGCUGGCGUUCAAGGCUCAGGUUGGGGCUGGCUCGGUUUCCAAAAGGAUCAAGGACGCUUACAGAUUGUUGCUUGUGCUAACCAGGAUCCCCUUCAGGGAACAACAGGUCUUAUUCCACUGCUGGGGAUUGACGUGUGGGAGCAUGCAUAUUACCUCCAGUAUAAAAACGUCAGGCCUGACUACCUGAAAGCUAUUUGGAAUAUCAUCAACUGGGAGAAUGUAGCGGAGAGAUACAAGGCGUGCAAAAAGUAA